UGCCACACGUUGUGGCCGAGUGGUGGGCGCGGGGGGCUCUACGGCACGCCCACUACGAUAGAAAGAACUUUCAUUAGCCUUUUAUAAAGGAUCUGCAAAAGAAUACAAGAGCAUAAGUGUAAAAGAGGCUUAAAAAAAGAGCAAUUGAUAGAUGGUGCUGCCUGGUUGAUCGAUUUGGUUGGCUCUUCAUUUGAAGAGCUUAACAAAAUCAAGUAUAAACCUAACCUAACCAAACCUAGCCAUAUAGUGUGGAAACAUGCAACGAAUCUACACUGGAGGUGAAGAGACGCGGGGCACAAUGUUUAAGAAGAAGAGUAAGAAAGUGCAGAUUUCAGCACCCAGUAACUUUGAGCACCGCGUCCACACUGGUUUUGAUCACCAUGAACAAAAAUAUGUUGGACUGCCACCUCAAUGGCAAGGAAUUGUUUCAAAUGCACUGGAUAAAGGCAGGCCCAUGCCGCUCGUUGACCCGUCGGAGAUUACACCCGUGGAUAUGCUCGACAUGAAGAUGCCACCAGACACGUCCAGAGGACAAGACUCCUCAAACAGACUCAGCCGGGGAUUUGCUACACUCAACCUGGCUGAUCCCAGUAAAAACCCGCAGGUAAACACACGUGGAGAACGUGGUGGGGGUAAUAACAAUAAUAACAAUAACAACAAUAAUAAUACCAGUAGUAAUGGACCUGCUAACCUACCCAAGACUUCUAGUGUAGCACGAUCCAACUCACUGCGUUCCUCCAGUCCGCCAAGGCACCGGCGGCCUGAACAGUGGGGUGGCUACAACCUCCCACCAACUCUUCAUGAAGGUGAAGUACUAGACAGUGCCCCACACAACUGGCCUUCCUAUUCUCAGUAUCCAGGCCAUGCACAGCACCCUGGGCACCAACAGCACCCUGGACCUGGCCAACACAUGCCUCACCCUAACCAUCCAGGCCACUUCCAGGGGCAUCCAGGACACCAACAAGGCCCACCUGGUCAUCCUUCUCAUCAUCCCCUCAGCCCCACACAACCCCCCAAAGGUUCACCUGGUUAUCCUCCACACCUCCGUCCUCACCAGGGACAUGGUCCACACCACCCUGGGCCACAUGGACCUGUAUAUGCUGGACCUCCCUAUCCAGGACCACCCCAUGGUCAUCCUAUUAAUGGAGAAGAGCGGUGGGAUCCCCGAGAUCCGAGAGGUCCUCACCAUCCAGAUGUGCGGCGGGAUGGGUGGGGAAUGGGUGGCAUAAGAACACCUUCUGGCCCUUCAUCUGCAGGUUCAGCUGGCAGCAGUGGACAGCAUGGACCUACUCCUCCUCCUCCACAUCAUCAGAACCUUCAUAAUGGCCAUCCUCAGGGUGGACGACCCCCUGCACAGCUUCCACCUGAAGCAGGCAGUGUCCCUGGUCACCACAAUGGGCCACACUAUCAAUCUCAGUCACAUCCAAAUCAGCUUGCUAUGCCUGGUCCAUCUCCACAUGCUAAUCAACAUGCUCACCAAUUACCAAAUCAACAUCCUCAUCCCUCGAAUCAGCAUCCUGGACCACAUCCUCUCCAGUCUCCUUCCUCACAGCAUCCCCACCAGCGUAGACCUCAGCCUCUCCCACCAUCACACCAGUCGCCUCAUGGUGUUCCUCCUGGUCAUCCUCCCCCUCCACAUCACACUUCCCAAAAUCAGUUACACCACCUGCAACAGCAGCAGCAUCAGCAGCAACAGCAGCAGCAACAACCACCAGAACAGCAGUCACAAUCCCAACAGCAACCUCAGACCCAACAGCAUCCCUCUCAGCAUCCACAACAGCAGCAACAGCAAUUACCCCCUCCUCCACCACCACACGGAGUACAAAAAUUACCACCACUGCCACACCAGCUUCCGCCUCAUUCCCAAGUAUAUUCAAAGCCUCCAGCACCCACACCGGAGCAGAACUCUCCAACUGGUAAAGGAUCUGGGGCUCCUCAACAAGAUCACAAUGGCAAUCGCUUUGACCCGCAGACUUCCAGCCACAACACUAUGCCGCAAGUGAUGUUACGAGACCGUAAAGCCAGUGGGGAGGGAAGAGAAGUGGGCGGAAGUGGAGCAAAUGCCAACAACACAACAAGUUUACCUGGGAAAUCUCCUCCUGGGUUUCCUCAUGGGAAUGCCACGCAACAUCAUCCAGGUGCCAAACAGCAUGACCAGCAGAGAUUAUCUCAUGAACAGUUCCGUGCAGCCUUACAGAUGGUGGUUAGUCCGGGGGACCCACGGUAUAACCUGGACAACUUCAUUAAGAUUGGAGAAGGAUCAACUGGCAUUGUCUGCAUAGCCAGUGAUAGAGAAUCUGGUAGUCAGGUUGCGGUGAAGAAGAUGGACCUACGGAAACAACAGAGGCGAGAGCUUCUUUUUAAUGAGGUGGUCAUUAUGCGAGAUUAUCACCAUCCCAACAUCGUUGAGAUGUACGAUUCAUUCCUGGUGGAAGACGAGCUGUGGGUUGUAAUGGAAUUUCUGGAGGGAGGAGCACUCACUGACAUUGUCACACAUGCCAGAAUGGAUGAGGAGCAGAUUGCUACAGUGUGUAGACAGUGCCUUAAAGCCCUUGCAUAUCUUCAUUCACAAGGAGUUAUUCACAGAGACAUCAAGAGUGAUUCCAUUCUGUUAGCAAGUGAUGGCAGGGUUAAACUGUCUGACUUUGGGUUUUGUGCGCAAGUUUCUCAAGAGUUGCCCAAACGCAAAUCCUUAGUGGGCACUCCAUACUGGAUGGCACCAGAAGUUAUAUCCAGACUCCCUUAUGGGCCUGAAGUGGAUAUCUGGUCAUUGGGCAUCAUGGUGAUUGAGAUGGUGGAUGGCGAACCUCCAUUCUUCAAUGAGCCUCCAUUGCAGGCUAUGAGAAGAAUAAGAGACAUGCCACCACCCAAACUGAAGAAUUCUCAUAAGAUAUCCCCACGCCUACAAGGUUUCUUGGAGAAGAUGCUGGUCAGAGAUCCAGGUCAGCGAGCAACUGCAUUUGAGCUGCUUCAGCAUCCUUUUCUACGUCAGGCAGGGCCCCCAUCUCUUCUGGUUCCAUUGAUGAGAUCAUUUAGACACUCUCCUUGCUAGCUGUAUGCUAAUACCCUGGCAUUUGUGUAAUUGUAUUACAUUACUCUGUAAGUGCCUUUUAUCUAAACGUGAAGGGUUAUCAUGUGCCUAUAUGUAAGAAACAGUUUGAGCAGCUGGUACUCCUGAGCUCACUAGAAGAGUGAGCUAUAGUGUGUACAGUUUCUGGUCAGCAUUGGCAGCUCAUGCAUAUGUAUUAUAUAUCAUACCACGGUACCUUUUUUUUAAAUACAGCAACUACCAUUAGACAUUCCAUGGAAUAACAUUGAAAACUGAAAUUAAAAUAAUGCUCUGAAGAUUUUAUAAAUUUUCACUACAGGAUUUUUUAAAUGGAUUUUUACAGUGCAAGAACAAUCACAAAAUCGUGUGGUUCAGUAUGCACAAGGAAAGAGGAAAGAAAAUCCAAGCAUGUUUGUGUGUUAACACGUGUAUUAAUGUAUUUCAUUAUUUUCAUCCUGUUUCAUUGUAUAUCAGCAAAAAGCAGUAUUGGCAGCUAAUAAUUUUAGUUGGGAAGUUGAAAAGUGGCAGCUUGUAAACGAGGUACACGAGCACAGUUUCUGGGAGAUUCUUGUCGUUGAGCCCCGUCUGUGUUCCUAAGAGGUUGGUAAUUAGUGUAUUUAUGUCUUAUAUAAAUAUACGUAUACAUAUAUUAUAUAUAUAUAAAUAAAUAUACAUAUUGUGACAUAUAUCACCAAAGAGGCUUUAUUUUGCGUUGAUUUCUUAGUCUAAAUCUGACCUUAAUAUGUUUCAUGUUUAAUAUAAGCAUUGAGAGUGUUUGGUAAACUUUAGCAGUCAAAAAUAUUUUGAUUAUAGUAAAGAGAAUGCCAUUAUUUUGUAUGUUAAUAGAAAUAAUGAAAUGUGAGUACCAUAGCAAAGCUUAGUGACAAAAAAAAACAGCAUUUCGGAUUUAUGCAUAAAUUGUCCUGUCAAAAAAAUGUAAUGUUAAGUGUUUUUAUAAUUGUAAAGUUACCACAUGCACUUGUAUAUACCGUGUCAAAUUGGUUCACUUGUUUAAAUUGACAAAAUGGAUCUUGCCAUUUAUUUUUCUCUUGUAUGUAAAUAAUUUUUGUAAAUGUUUAUUUUUGUGUUUCACUUUUGUAACUAGCAUUUAUUAUUUGUACAGGUCAUUCCAUCAUUUAUGUGCAGUGUAAUUACUAUAGCAUCCAGUAAUUGCUCAAGGGUACAUAGCAGGUAUUAAAAGGUCAACAUAUCUUUCUCAUCAUCUUUAGUUACAUAUUAGUGGCUCUUUUAUUUACUCUGAACAUUAUGGUCUCUGUUCCCUCUGGAAGUGGCAGUGUUCUUAAUUAUCAUACUUAAUGUUUGAAUAUUUGUGUCAUACAGAAAAAUACAAUUUUAAUUUUUUUUACAAGCUUUCUUAGUUUUUGCUGGUAUAGCCUUACUUAUCCAAGUUUCUAGAUGGGGGAUCUGUCCAAGUGCAUGGGGCAUCUGUCCAGAUGGGUGGGUACUAUACCCAGGUGAGUGAAUGUCCUUAUUUGCUCUCUAUCUAUUUUACUUGUUCCUGUGUGUUUGACAUUAUCCGCUCUGUCACAACAAUGAGAAAGAACGUGCAUUCUUGGCAUCUAUCAAACUUCUCUAUACUUCUAUCCUGCACUUUAACACACUUCAUUUUUAUUUUACUGAUAGUCUAUAUAUUUAGUGGUUUCCCAAGUUGAAUUUGUAAGCACAUAAUUAUUCUCCUUGCCACUAUAAACUUUAUUUUGUGCAGUUUGAUAUAUUUUUUUAUUUGUGUGCAUGAUUGAAAUGUCCAGAUAAUAUUCUGAAGGGACAAGCCAGCUUUAAGUGCUGGAAAAAAUACUAAUACUUUGUGUCUGUGUGUUUGUGUGUGGUGUAUAAAAUACAUACAUGCUGUAUCAGGUGCCAUAUACAGUACCAUCAUGCCAGCUUUGCUUAUAUUAUGGAUUUACUUUUUCUAUGGCAUUGUCUAUUGUCCACCUUAAAAGACGUUGCUAGACACAUUUACCAAGAAGCUGCCUUGUGUGUUCGACUCUGAAGUAUGUUAAUCUCUCUGGUCCUCUGCUCAGAGUGCAUACACAAGCAACUUGUAAAGCCAAGAGCAUAAGUGCAAACACUGUGACUAACCUCUGUAUAGCAUGCAAACCAUUGAAAGUUUCUAUAACUUAAGUUUAAAUUAGUUAAUCAACUGAUUUGAGAUAUUACAUUUAUUAGUUAAAAGGAUACAAAACCCUUUUUAUGGCGAGGGAGGUAGUGAUGCAUAGCAUCUUGGACGAACUUGUAUGUGCAUUCUGAACCUUCAAUGAGUGACAUCUAGAAAUGAAAUAAGUCUGCAUCUCAUAAAGUAGUUUUUUUCAAAUACCCAUAAUUCUUUCCUUGCAUAUUCACUUGUAUAUCAUUCCAUGGCAUAUAGACUUAGCAGCAAAGAUGGAAAACAUCCACAUUUUAUGGAUAUGUUACAUUUCAUUAUAUCGUGUAUUUGCAAAACCUGUUUCCCCAUGUUUACUCCAAUUUGUUGACAAGAUAAUCUUUCCUAAUGUCCAGUACCAAUUUGUUUUAAUGUUUUAGUAUCGGUUUGUAUGGCGGGGAAUUCUGUUGCUCAUUUUACGUGAAAACAUGAUUUCUAUUAAAACUGUCAUCAGCCUGCUGUAGGGAUAAAUAAUUCUGAUGGUAGUGUCUGAUAUUAAUUUUUGUUUACCUUUAUAUUCAAAAUAUUCUAAGCAAAUUAUUAGAUUUCAGAAAACAAAUAAGAAACUAGUUUUUUAAUACAUUUUAAAGUUGACCCACAUAGUCCUUUUACUUUUGUUUCUACAUUUUAUCUAGUCUAAUUUUAACUUUGAAAUUUAGAGGAAACCUAUAUUUUAUCAUAAGCAGCAUGUACUGUAUUGUAUAAAUAUCUGUAUAAGUGAAACAUUGAUAAAUUGCAAAUGAGGAUUUACUGUAAUCACAAAAAGAUGAACAAAAGACUGCAUCCAUCAUCUUUUGAUGAAGAUCAAAUCUUAUGUAUAUAGCAAACUUUGAGGUAAUGAUCAUGUUUUAGUGUGAUGAAGUUCACGUCAAGACGAGCUGUUGUGUCUAACAGCAUUUUGUUUAUUGAAACUUUUACCUCCAUAAACUGUUGGAAUUGUUCAUUCAUAAUUGUGACAAGACUGUUAGUCAAGAUAAGUGUGUGCUAAUACUAUCCCUCCAGAAUAAUAAAUUGUGCCUUAAUGGUGCCUGGAAAUAUCUAACGAAGACUGGAUAAAUUAUCCCAUAUGUAAUGGUCUUUUACUGACACUGUUGUCUUGUAAAGUGUUGCCUGGCAACUGUCUUAAGAUGUUGCACCAUCUGUUAUUGACAACUUAAUAAAUACUAUAAAAAUAUAUUUUUUAUCCAAAAUUUAGAUAAAAAAAUUUAUUGAAAGUUUGAAUUUUUUCUUUUACCUGGAAUAUCUUAAUUUCUUGUAAUUGUAAUGCUAAGGAAUAUAAUUAUGAAGAACUGUGUGAAGUGGUGUGCUUUGUAACUGUGCGUUAAUAGGCACUUCAUGUAGUGUGUGUAGUACUGUGCUGUGGUGUAUUGACUCGUGUUGUUAUUGCUUUGUUGCAAAAAGUGCGUGUACAGCUCCAAUCUGUGUCGUAAAUUAUCCCGUCCACUUGCUGCCUUUCACACUCGAUUAUCUUGCUAAUGUGAUAGUUUUACUAUCAUAUCAAGCUUAACAGUUGGUGUUGAAUUUUAGUAGUUAAUAUAUGUGCAUUUCCAUUGGCCAAGGAGUAAAUAAUUUUAGAUACUGGUGCUAUAUACUUUUGAAGUAUCCUGUUCUUACUGUUGAAUAAUAAGUAAAAAUUUGUCAGGGAUCUAUCUAUGACAGUGAUUUAGUGGGAUCUGCCCUACUAGAUACUUAAUAUUUUCUGGGAUGGCCCCCCUCCCACUUUUGAAGCUUCCUGUGUUAAGGACUGGUUUAGCUAAGCCUUUGGGAGACUUGCAAAGUCGAACAACCAAGCCUUUGAUUGAAGAAAGUUAGGCAAGUGACGGCAUUGAGGGGAAACGAUCAUUACCUCGAUUUGUAACUGCCCCUAGCUGUGCUGUGCCUGAUCAUCUAGGCUGUAGGCUAGUUCACCUGAAAAGUCUGCCAGUUUUGGGGGCAAGGCUCUCCUGCAGCCCAUCCUCAUAAACAAAGGCUAAUGCUCAUUAAUCCAGCUCUUAAACCCCAUUUAUGAAUUAAAUUUAUUUUACACCAACUUGCCUCAGAUCAGGCUUGUUAAAGUGGCAGCAGCCCUCAUAUACUCAUUAAUCAAUGUUAACAUACUGGGCAUUAUAAAUAGGUUUGUUCUCAUAUAUAGACUAAUAUUAUUCCUCAUUAAAGUUCUGUGUAUAGUUAAGCGUAGGUUAGGUUAGGUGUUUAGAUUCUGUUGGCGAUUAUUUGUAAUUUGAAUACUUGGGUGAAGCAUUUAAAGAAUGUAGUCAGGGAAGCACUGUUUGAGAAAUAUUCAAACCUCAUCAAUUGUGUCACGUGUAAGCUGUUUCAUUCAUAAACGGGCUUUGGCCACUAGAUUAAUGAGCAUUUGGCUUUUGUUGCGAUACCGAGCUGCGUUACACACAACUGAUUGUUUGAACAUUUCCCAAACUGAUAUCCUCCCUGAAUCACACCAAUGCAAGUGCUCCACUCGUGUAUUACAAAAACAAAUACUGUACUGUAAUUGCUAAGUGACCCUAAACAUCUAACCGAGCCAAAUUUAGGCCUAACUAUACACAAUUUAUAUUUAAUGACAUUAAUUUAUGUGAGCAAAUACAGAGUUUGAAUAUGAAUACAGUACUGUAUUAUUAAAAGUUGAAUCUAAUAGACAAAGAUUCCUAACAAACUACAUUAUAUUGAAUACUGUAUUUUUCACAAUAUUUAUCUUGUGGAAUGAGUUUAUCAUAAUUUAGAUAAAGAUUUACUUUUGAUUUGUUAAAACUAAUUUGGAAAUAAGUUUACCUGAGAGCCACUAACACUAGUGGCCUCGAUGAGGAAAGAAAGCCGGUGGCUUGUCGAAGGUCCCCUCAUUUGCCUUGGUGAUCUUUUCCAACUGUACUUUAAAUGUUAACAGAGCUUUGGCAUUGACCAAAAUACCAAGAAUUACCACAGUGAAUGGGAAGCCUUGCAAUUCAAGGUCAUAUGAUCUGUGACCAGGCCAGAAUGGGGAGGGAAAGGCAGGUGAGCCAGUUGGCAUAGGCCUACAAUUUUGAGGGGGGGGGGGCUACUCAGUUCAUUUUUAUAAAUUGUUCUAGUUCUUUUAAUCUGUUCAGUUACUUGACAACAAUGACAAAGCAAAGUUGCUUGAAUUUUCUGGUGUAAUUGGUAAAUUUGGCCAAAGAAAAGCAUGUAAAGCAUUUCUGAAUGUAAGGAAGUGAUGAAUGAUUCUGAUCUGAAAUUCCCAAGACAAAAUAAACAUAAUUGUACUAGACAGUGCUUUUAAUUUGUAUUUACUGCUUCUUAUUACAGUACUAUACUGUACAAUUUUGUCUUGUAUUCAUUUUGAACAAAAUAUCUUACCAUUAUAUUUUUUAUAAAUCAUUCUAGUUAUUUUAUUGUUGUGUUGUACUGUACGUCAUAUGCACUACAUGUAUAUACCCAUACAUAAUUCGUAUGUAUUUAGCACUGAUUACAAAAAUAAUUAAUAAGCAGUUUGAAAUUGGGACUAUAUUUCCCAUUUUCCCUUAUCAACUUCGCAUGAGCCUUUCUGUGACAUCCUGCAGUUGGCUAAGGGUCUCGUAGUACAGUUGGCUUCGUUCUUGACUCGCAGUUGGAGAUCUGGCUUUAAUUCGGGUGGAACAGAAAUGGCUGGUCACAUUUCAUUUCACCAGAUGCCUCUGUACACCUAGCAGUAAAUAGGUACCCAGGAGUUAGGCAAUUGCUGUGGGGUUACAACCUGGGGAGGGUCAGUGGUUCGACCUUGGGGAGGGGGGACCUCCAUACAAGCCGAAUGUGUAUGUAUACAUAUACAACACAUAUACAUACAUGUUUCCUGUCUCCUACAAAAUGAAUUACUAUAUAUAUAAAAAGUACAUGAAUUAAUAUUUUAUACGUAGUAUGUAAGUAUUCUUUUGACAACAUAGUACAAUAAAAAUAGUAUAGGUCUUUCAUAAGAACAGUUCUGGAAAGGGAUAAUUUUGUCAAGACUAAUAAAGUACUUAUACAAAAUUUUAUCUUGUAAAAAAAUUUUGCAAAGAAUGCUGGAACCUGGAAUCAUAUUGCUGUUGAUGGUUUUAUAUUUUGACAUUUCAUUUAAAUUGAGGUAAAUGUCAUCUGCUAUAUAUUAGUCUUAUAUUACGUAUAAUGUGUUGAAAAAUCUUUAAAUGCAGUUAUGAGUAUGUAGACAAUGCAUUUUGAGUACAGUAGCUUCAUACUUGUCUUGUGUGUAGAUCUGCAUAUUUACAGCAUACUAUUUUUUUUUACCGACAAGAUGUUCCACUGGAAUAUUCCUUUCAUGAUGCCACAUGACUAUAUUGUAUAGAGUUAAGACCUGCACCUUACUGUCAGCACUGCAUUAUUUUACUAACAGCUGUGCACCUUCUUGUAAAAUGUGCUGAUUUUCAGAAUGAUCAGAAUUUUUUUCUAUUUUCUCUCUUUUUCAUAGUCGUACGUUCCUUCAUAAAAUCCUAAGUGAAUCUGACUCCUUUGACAUCACUCGUCUGAUGUCCUUACACUACUGUAUUAGCAUCCUGAAUGUUAUUUAGGAACUUAAGUAUUCUGUAACACAGCCAGUGCUAUAUGUAUAGCUUUCUGGUCUUAAUGUUUUCUUUUGACUUAUAUAGGGUUAACUCACUAAACCCACUGAUUGCAUUUAAUACCAUUCCCUUCUCAUUCCAUUAUGGGUAUUUUGUUGUACUCAAGUGUGCCGAGUGCUAUAAUAUAACAUUACAACAUGUAGCUCAUUUUUAAGGUCACCUUUUGCUUUUUGUGCCAAAUUUAUUUUUGUAAAUGUUUCCAGAAAGGUGCUUGCAUCCAAAUUAUUUAAUUUUGUUGCAUGUUAUCACUGUGGAUAUUUUUGGCAAAUCACUAAUUUGUCUUGGAAUUAAUAAUUUUGUUUAUCUUGUGAGUGUGUACAUUAAGUAAUAUUAAUCAUAAUACAUAAAAUAUUUGUUAUUUCUCUAGCAAUGCCAAGGAAACAUUCUUCAUUAGCAGUGAAUAAAUUCAGUUCAAUUUUUUUUAGUUUCCUCAUGUGUUGUGAUUGGCUAAAUUGGAGGUCUAUUAAUGAUUAUUUUAAAAAUGAACUGCUUGGGGAGAAUGACUGGAGAGGCAUGUGUAGUCAGCCAUGUGGCUCAUCAAUAUAGUCUGCAAGUCCUCACGGACAUACUAAACUUGUAUGGGUGACCUGAAACUUUCAAAUUUGUCUCAAUUUCUUUGUGAAUUAAAGUACUUUAUUGCUUGCUUUCCCGUGAAGGGGAUGAGUUAGAUAUAAAUGUUUUCUUGUAUGAUUGUAUUGUACACAUCACUAAUACUAGCACACAGCACUCAGGCUUAUAUUCUUUAAUAAGGUACAUAUGCCAAAGUGUCUACUGUACAUAAAAGUACAUGUAAUGUAUGACAAAGUCUGUAUUAAAACAUAAAAGCUGGCACAACACAGUACCAUAUUCAGGACCCCUCUCUGACCAAUUUCCCAAAGCAAUCUUCCUAAAUCUGUCCAAGAUUAUAUAUUCCUGUCUUCCCUUGAUGCAUUUCUUAUCAUUCAACCUUUUGCAGACCCAAUUACUGUGAAUAUUAGUUUACACAACUACUUAUUUAAUAUAAGUCAACUGUUCAUUAUUUUUGUGUAGAUUUUAAGCUCGACAGACUAUAAAAGUAAUCUUGUAAAUACACAGAAUUAAUGUACUAUUUUAGAUAUAGUAAUAAACCCUAGUGGUUAAUUUU